AUGGCCGAAAGCUUUGAUAUAGGCGCACAUAACUAUUAUAAUCUAAUUUAUGUCUAUUGUAUUGAUAAAGGAUUUGCCUAUCAGCUUGGAACAUACUAUAAAAGUGUUCCUCUUAGAGAAACUUUUCCAGGAACUGUUAAAAAUUAUUCUAAAUUUGAAGAGAAACUAAAAAAAAUUCUUUAUGUUUCAAAUGAAAUUAGAAAGGAAAGAUUUUUGGGUUGCCAUGGUUAUUCUCCAAGUUUAAAUGGCAGUAUUGAUUAUUUGAUAGAUGGUGCUAGAAAACGUAAUUUAGCAACUCAAUUAUUGAUUUGGAAUACGAUUCAUGGCGGUGGUAUAGUUUCAAGAGAUUUUGAUUGCAACGUGUAUUAUGUUGGGGUUGGGACAGAAAAAGAAAUCUAUCUGAAGGGAGAAUAUAGUGAUGUUAAUAAUGAACUCCCUGAAGAUGUUGCAAUUAUUGAUUUUAAAGAAUUACAUAUGGGUAUAGAACCUCAUAUGUUGCUUUCUCAUAUUUCUAUUACAAGAACCAUAUCAGGUUAUGGAACUCCUAUUAUUGCAGUUGAUCCUUCAAAAUAUACAAUGAUAUCACCAUAUGUUCUUAGAAUUACAUUAGAGCAAUACAAUGAUAAUUUUGGCCAUCCUCAAUCUAAUUUAUAUACAAUUAAAUAUGGAAACUUCCUUAUUUUUAAGAAUCAGACAUUAGGUGGAAAUUUCAAACUUUCUACUUACGUAGUCGGUCAAUACGAUAACGAUCCUAAUGGAAAGGUUCCUUACGAUGUUGUUCGUUUAUACAAUGAAAUAAUGUAUAAGGCAGAUAAAAUGAGAGAUCUUCCAGAAACCACAUUACAAAAGAAAAGUUUUAGAAUCAUUUUACCUAGGACGUCAAAAGAAACAUUUUAUAAAGGAAGUGAUGGAUAUUUUCAUUUGAAAUAUUUUUUGACAGGAAAUGGAAUAUCUAAUCAACCAAAUAUUUCAGAAGUGUCAAUAGAUUAUAUAGCAAAUGGUUAUCCUGUAACAGACCAAAAUGGAACAAGAAUUAAAGUUCCUGAAAGUUCAUAUGAAUACAAGUAUGUAAGAAAAAUUGAUUUAAACUAUGAGUAUGUUUUAAAUAUUAUAGAUCAAGCAGUGAUAGAUCGUAUUUUUGAAUAUAAAUUAGGUUUAGAUUUAAAAGUUACAGCAAGAAAUAUAAUGACUUAUGAAUUCAUGGGAUUGAAAGGUUAUAGUCGUGCAUCCCAAACAAUGAUUUCUUCCACAGAAAUCAUAUCAAAUACGGAUGCAUAUGCCCAUAUUUUAAUUAACAUACCAAUGAAAAUAUCCAAUCCCAUGGAAAAUAACAUAGUUGCUUUGUUGCAUAUGUUUAAAGUUGUGAGAAGUUUUCAUUUAUUAAUACCAUAA